AUGGAUGUCUCUCUUUGCCCUACCAAGUGCAGUUUCUGGAGGGUAUUUUUGCUCUGGAGCAUUUGGGGAGACUAUCUGCUGACGGUGCUGGCUUGCCCUGCGAAUUGCCUUUGCAGCAAGACAGACAUCAAUUGCAAGAAGCCGGAUGAUGGGAACCUCUUCCCUCUCUUGGAAGGGCAGGAUUCAGGCACCAGCAAUGGGAACACCAGCAUCAACAUCACUGACAUCUCAAGGAACAUCACUUCAACACAUCUGAACUGCUGGAUGAGUUACUACAAUGUGAAUCCUUUGUGUCUAGAAAAUGUCUUUACUGCUUUGAAAUUGAAAAAUGCUGGGAGUCAAAAAAUCCAACCCAAACAAAAAACCUAAAACCCACAUAUCCGCCACAUAAACCUCUCCGAUAACCGGCUUACCACACUGUCAUGGCAACUCUUCCAGACACUGAGACUUUCUGAACUGACACUCGAAAGAAACCUUUUUAACUGCAGCUGUGACAUCCGUUGGAUUCAGCUCUGGCAGGAGAAGGGUGAAGCAAACCUGCAGAAACAGGAGCUGUACUGCAUGAACAUGGAGGCUGCUGUCAUUCCCCUGCAGGAGAUGAACAUCACCCAGUGUGAUCUGCCCGAGAUCAGCGUCAGCCACAUUAACCUGACUGUGCGGGAAGGUGAGAACGCGGUGAUCACCUGCAAUGGCUCAGGCUCGCCGCUGCCAGACGUAGACUGGACGGUUGCAGAUCUGCACUCCAUCACUACUCACCAGACGAACCUCAACUGGACUAACGUUCAUGCCAUCAAUUUGACCCUGGUGAACGUCACCAGUGAGGAUAACGGGUUCCUCCUCAUGUGUAUUGCUGAGAACGUGGUGGGAAUGACCAAUGCCAGUGUGCUGCUCACGGUCUACUAUCCGCCACGCAUUCAGAGCCUGGAGGAGCCAGAGCUGCGUCUGGAGCAUUGCAUUGAGUUUGUGGUGCAUGGGAACCCAGCGCCCAGCCUUCACUGGCUGCACAAUGGCCAGGUCCUCAGGGAGACUGAGAUCAUCCGCAUGGAGUUCUAUCAGCAGGGUGAAGUGUCUGAGGGCUGUCUACUCUUCAACAAGCCCACUCACUACAACAAUGGCAACUACACCCUCGUGGCCACCAACCCGCUGGGGACAGCCAACCAGACCAUCAAAGGGCACUUCCUCGAGAAGCCCUUUCCAGAGAGUACGGAUAACUUUGUCUCAAUUGGUGACUAUGAAGUGAGCCCCACCCCACCUAUCACUGUGACCCACAAACCAGAGGAGGAUACGUUUGGGGUAUCCAUAGCGGUUGGGCUUGCAGCUUUCGCCUGUGUCCUCUUGGUGGUGCUCUUUAUUAUGAUCAACAAGUAUGGUCGACGGUCCAAGUUUGGGAUGAAAGGUCCCGUGGCAGUGAUCAGCGGGGAGGAGGAUUCUGCCAGUCCCCUCCAUCAUAUCAACCAUGGCAUCACCACACCCUCGUCGCUGGAUGCUGGCCCGGACACGGUGGUGAUCGGCAUGACCCGUAUCCCCGUCAUCGAGAACCCCCAGUACUUCAGGCAAGGCCACAACUGCCACAAGCCAGACACAUAUGUUCAGCAUAUUAAGAGGAGAGACAUCGUUCUGAAGAGGGAACUGGGAGAAGGUGCCUUCGGGAAGGUGUUUUUGGCCGAGUGCUACAACCUUAGCCCCACCAAGGACAAGAUGCUGGUAGCAGUGAAGGCUCUGAAAGACCCCACUUUGGCAGCCCGCAAGGAUUUCCAGAGGGAGGCAGAGCUGCUCACCAACCUGCAGCAUGAGCACAUUGUCAAGUUCUAUGGGGUCUGCGGUGACGGGGACCCUCUCAUCAUGGUCUUUGAAUACAUGAAGCAUGGGGACCUGAAUAAGUUCCUGAGGGCGCACGGCCCAGAUGCUAUGAUCCUGGUGGACGGGCAGCCUCGACAGGCCAAGGGGGAGCUGGGGCUGUCCCAGAUGCUGCACAUUGCCAGCCAGAUUGCCUCUGGAAUGGUGUACCUUGCUUCCCAGCACUUCGUCCACAGAGACCUGGCAACCAGGAACUGCUUGGUUGGAGCCAACCUGCUGGUGAAGAUUGGCGACUUUGGGAUGUCAAGAGAUGUCUACAGCACUGAUUACUACAGGGAAGGGCCGCAUCCGAAGGGCCAAUGCAGCGCAGCGUGGCAGCGGCAGAGACUAGCACGACCAGCAGCUAAAACAGUUGGAGGACACACCAUGCUGCCCAUCCGCUGGAUGCCCCCUGAGAGCAUCAUGUACCGGAAGUUCACAACAGAGAGUGAUGUGUGGAGCUUUGGGGUGAUCCUCUGGGAGAUCUUCACAUAUGGGAAGCAGCCCUGGUUCCAGCUCUCAAACACAGAGGUCAUCGAGUGCAUCACCCAAGGCCGAGUCUUGGAGAGGCCUCGAGUUUGUCCCAAGGAGGUUUAUGACAUCAUGUUGGGCUGCUGGCAGAGGGAACCUCAGCAGCGGCUCAACAUCAAGGAAAUCUACAAGAUCCUUCAUGCUCUUGGCAAGGCCACACCAAUCUACCUGGACAUCCUUGGCUAG